AUGCGCAAGGCCAAAGGUUCAAAUGUCAAGGGUUCGAAAACUGGUGCCGUCAUGAACUUUGAUGAGAGCAUAGACCGGUUACCCACAGAGCAAGGAUUUAGCUUAUACUCAACUAAGGCUGAACAAAGCUAUAGGGAGACCCCCCGCAGAGGUAGUUCUUCACUCGUGAAGGGCUCUCAGAGUGUCUUCUGUAGUAGUGUCUAUAGUGUGGAUGAACGACCCACUACAAGAGAUAGACUAUCCACAGAUAGAUUUAGGGCUGUGCACACUCAAAGAAACAGCACAGCAAGAGAGUCAUGUUUCGACCCACUGCCGAGGGUAGAGUACGUUGAUCUUAAUGGCAAGCUUCUCGAUCCUGACAAACUGCGCAACUCAAACCUGUUGCCCGGGCAGAACAAUACAAGAGCUGUUUCCCAGCGUGUCUUCUCGGACUCAGCUCCAUACCAGUCUCCUUCUCUAUAUGCGUCUCCGCUUUUGGAAUCAAAGCAAACUUCUGAGCGCGAGCGGAGCCCGCGACCCUCACUGCCCGUAUACGCCUUAGAAGAGCCUUAUUCUCAAAGGACCUAUAGAGAGGAGCUAGCAUAUGCAGGAAACAUAAGCCAUGACAUUCAGGAAAAGUAUGCUGUUCUGCCUUCAGAAUUUACGCAAGUGAAGACACUUUUCAUCCCAGUCUCUUCAUCUCGGCAACAAUCUUCAUAUGACCAGCAACAAUGUCAUCGGACAAGUCCUGCGUCUCCCAUUAGAUCUCCUAUGCACGACACUUACGAAGACUCUGCAGACUUGCCUACGAGUUACAGGAUCGUUGAGCGACGCGGACGCACGCUGAUUAACGACUUGCUGCUGGAUCCUGUAACGGGUAUGCCUGCGCCCGUUCGGAUGGCCAACCAAAACCUCUAG